ACUUCUGAUCUUGAGAUAACAGCAUUUUAAAUAAUUCUGUAGGAUAAAGUAUGCUAUCAAAAUUAACUAACAGUCAACACAACAUGCUGUAAAUCUAGUUCAAUAGUAGUGUUUGUCUUGUAACAACACAUCUGCAUCCAACUGACUUUCCGACUGAUUAAACUGAAUUAAAUGUUAAACUGUCAAAUGAGGAGGCCAUUUUAAUAUGCGAAACUGAUUACAGUAAAUCUCUCUAUAACAUAGACCCCGCCCCUUACUUCUAUGUUACCAUGGCAAAGGCAGUAGACGUCACGAGUAAAAGACACACUGUAUAUAAGAAGAAUUGGAGCCUUGUGACGACUAGGGAGCUUAGAUGCGUGUGCGGGUGGUGUAACGCAGUCAGAAUUUAAUUGGCGUUCAAGGAAACUAAUCAGGACAUUUGAGAAGUCUUGCGCAGUUUUAACAAUCAAAAUGGGACGCGGAGAAGGACGGGAACAAUAUGACCUUGCUGCCACCUCGGAGCAGGGGGGCAAGAAGAAGUCCAAGAGCAAGAAGGAGAAGGAGAAGGAGAAGAAGGAGAAGGACAUGGAUGAGCUGAAGAAAGAGGUGGAUUUGGAUGAUCACAAGCUGACGCUGGAUGAGCUCAAUCGCAAAUAUGGCACUGACUUGACCAGGGGAUUGACCUGUGCUCGUGCAAAAGAGAUCCUUGCUCGUGACGGUCUCAAUGCUCUGACCCCUCCGCCCACCACCCCAGAAUGGGUCAAGUUCUGCAAGCAGCUCUUUGGUGGGUUCUCCACUUUGCUGUGGAUUGGAGCCAUCCUCUGCUUCCUGGCUUACGGUAUUCAGGCCGCCUCUGAAGAUGAACCAGCAAACGAUAAUUUGUAUUUGGGUGUUGUACUUUCGGCUGUCGUCAUCAUCACUGGAUGCUUCUCCUACUAUCAGGAGGCUAAGAGCUCAAAGAUCAUGGACUCCUUCAAGAACCUGGUUCCUCAGCAAGCCCUGGUUGUACGUGAUGGCGAGAAGAUGAGCAUCAAUGCUGAGGAGGUGGUGGCUGGAGAUCUGGUUGAAGUGAAAGGUGGAGACAGAAUCCCUGCUGACCUGCGUAUUGUCUCCGCUCAUGGCUGCAAGGUGGACAACUCCUCCCUCACAGGAGAAUCUGAGCCUCAGACUCGUACCCCUGACUUCUCUAAUGACAACCCAUUGGAGACCAGGAACAUCGCUUUCUUCUCCACCAACUGUGUCGAAGGUACUGCUAGAGGUGUUGUCAUCAACACUGGUGAUCGCACCGUCAUGGGUCGUAUUGCCACCCUGGCUUCUGGCCUGGAGGUGGGCCAGACGCCCAUCUCCAGAGAGAUUGAGCACUUCAUCCACAUCAUCACAGGCGUGGCCGUCUUCCUGGGCGUCUCCUUCUUCAUCCUCUCCAUCAUCCUUGGCUACUCCUGGCUGGAGGCCGUCAUCUUCCUCAUCGGUAUCAUCGUCGCCAACGUGCCUGAAGGUCUCCUAGCAACUGUCACUGUGUGUCUGACCCUUACUGCCAAGCGCAUGGCCAAGAAGAACUGCCUGGUGAAGAACCUGGAAGCCGUGGAGACCCUGGGCUCUACCUCCACUAUCUGCUCUGACAAGACCGGAACUCUGACCCAGAACCGCAUGACGGUGGCCCACAUGUGGUUCGACAACCAGAUCCAUGAAGCCGACACCACAGAGAACCAGACCGGAACCUCUUUUGACCGCACCUCCCCUACCUGGACCGCCUUGGCACGUGUUGCUGGCCUAUGCAACCGCGCUGUCUUCCUGGCCGAUAUGGAAAAUGUCCCCAUCCUCAAGCGAGACGUGGCUGGAGAUGCCUCUGAGUCUGCCCUGCUGAAGUGCAUUGAGCUGUGCUGUGGCUCUGUGAAGCAGAUGAGAGAGAAGAACCACAAGAUCUCCGAGAUCCCCUUCAACUCCACCAACAAAUACCAGCUCUCCAUUCACAAGAACGACGGUGAGUCAAAGCACCUGCUGGUGAUGAAGGGAGCCCCGGAGAGGAUCCUGGACCGCUGCUCGUCCAUCAUGAUCCAGGGCAUCGAGCAGCCCCUGGACGAAGAGUUGAAGGAAGCUUUCCAAAAUGCCUACAUGGAGCUGGGCGGCCUGGGAGAGAGAGUGCUCGGUUUCUGCCAUUUCAAUCUGCCUGAUGACCAGUUCCCUGAACACUUCGCUUUUGAUUGUGAGGAGGUGAACUUCCCCACUGAGAACCUGUGCUUCAUCGGCCUCGUGUCCAUGAUCGACCCUCCUCGUGCCGCUGUGCCCGACGCUGUGGGCAAGUGUAGGAGCGCUGGCAUUAAGGUCAUCAUGGUGACUGGUGAUCAUCCAAUCACUGCCAAGGCCAUCGCCAAGGGUGUGGGCAUCAUCUCUGAAGGAAACGAGACUGUGGAGGACAUUGCUGCUCGCCUAAACAUUCCCGUUACUGAGGUCAACCCAAGAGACGCUAAGGCUUGUGUGGUUCACGGCUCUGAGCUGAAGGACAUGACGCCUGAGCAUCUGGAUGACAUCCUGAAGUUCCACACUGAGAUUGUGUUUGCCAGAACCUCUCCCCAGCAGAAGCUCAUCAUCGUAGAGGGCUGCCAGCGACAGGGUGCCAUUGUGGCUGUGACAGGUGAUGGUGUCAACGACUCUCCUGCCCUGAAAAAGGCUGACAUUGGUGUUGCUAUGGGUAUCGCCGGAUCUGAUGUCUCUAAACAGGCUGCUGACAUGAUCCUUCUGGAUGAUAACUUCGCCUCCAUCGUCACAGGAGUUGAGGAAGGUCGUCUGAUCUUCGACAACUUGAAGAAGUCCAUCGCCUACACUCUGACCAGUAACAUUCCUGAGAUCACACCUUUCUUGUUCUUCAUCAUCGCCAACAUCCCACUGCCUCUGGGCACGGUCACCAUCCUCUGUAUUGAUCUUGGGACGGACAUGGUUCCUGCUAUCUCAUUGGCCUACGAAAUGGCUGAGAGUGACAUCAUGAAGAGACAGCCCAGAAACCCCAGGACGGACAAGCUGGUGAACGAGAGGCUUAUCAGUAUGGCGUACGGGCAGAUCGGUAUGAUCCAGGCCCUGGCAGGAUUCUUCACAUAUUUUGUCAUUUUGGCUGAAAACGGUUUCCUGCCCCACACACUGCUGGGGAUCCGAGUCAAUUGGGAUGACAAGUCCAAUAACGAUCUGGAAGACACUUAUGGACAGCAAUGGACCUAUGAACAGAGGAAGAUCGUGGAGUUCACCUGCCACACAGCCUUCUUCGCCAGCAUUGUGGUCGUGCAGUGGGCUGAUGUGAUCAUCUGCAAGACCAGGAGAAACUCCGUCUUCCAGCAGGGAAUGAAGAACAAAAUCCUUAUCUUUGGCCUGUUUGAGGAGACAGCCCUGGCAGCCUUCCUGUCAUACUGCCCUGGCAUGGACGUCGCCCUCAGAAUGUACCCACUCAAACCAAACUGGUGGUUCUGCGCCUUCCCGUACUCACUCCUCAUCUUUAUUUAUGACGAAAUCCGUAAGCUUAUUCUGCGACGUAGCCCUGGAGGAUGGGUGGAGAGAGAGACCUACUACUAAAGUGUCCAGUCUGCAUCAUAUGGUUAUGAAAAUGCAUGGUUGUCUUGCUGCUUGAAGAAAAAGAAAAUUUACAUCAUUAUAUUUGGAUAGAAUGCUCGAUGCAAACACUGAAAUCCUGAACCAAGACAUUGUGUGCCUUGUUUCUGAAGUCGGACCAAUUUUAUACAUGUUUUUAGAAGAAACAAAAAUAAAAACCCAAGUCAGGUCUCUUAUUUUGUGUCCUUUUUUUGUUGGUUUAUUUGUUUUGUUGUGUUAAGUUGCUUGUUUGUGUUACUUUUAUUUAUGUGCAUAGGUGUUUUCAAAUUAUACCACACAAGCACUGUGCAUGGAUUUUUGUUUUGGUGUGUGCUAGACAGUAUAAAUGUAACAUUUGCAUUAAAUAACAAGUACAGUUUUUACUGUCAAAUUGAAAGAGAUUAUGGAAAUUUACCUGACAUCACAAUAGCAUGUCGCACUCGGUUUCGGACUUUGUCUUCUCUUCUUCACUCAAUAAUUCCAUUUUUUUUCCCCUGGACCUGCAGAGUGACAUUAUAGCUGCAGCAGUCUCUUUGCUCUUAGGGAAGAGGGAGUGGGCAUGUUUGGAAUGUUUAAUACUGCCUGGUUCACUCGCUUGAGAUGAGGGAGUAAAGUAUGGCAGAGUAUUGCCCAUUCCCCCCCCCCCACUCCCACACAGUUCUCAUACCAUCUGCCCCAACCUAUUAACCUCCCCUUCCUCCAGCAUGGGGGUGGCCAGGGAACAACACCCCAGGUUGCACAGUCAUUCAAUGGUGUUUAGAGCAAUCGUGAAGUCCGCACUACUCAAUAAUGUUAAGACUGUUAUAAACCUUUCCAACGUACUUUUAGUGUUUUGUUAUCAAAACUUGGAUGGCGCAAUACUUCACUUUUCUUUUUAAAAUGUCCAUGUCAUUGCAGUGACGAGCACUAAAUAGUGACAUGGCUGAAAAAAGGCUUUGGCACUAACAGGCAUACAAGACCUGUAAAAGUGUGUCCUUCAGAAGCCCCUGUAAUCAAAGUGAAAGCACAUAAACCAUUGCUGGCGUUCUUUCUCCUGGGAAGAGAUGACUGAACGUCACUCUUCAGCAGCCAAAAAUAAAUGAGUUGAUAUCUCCUCGGGAGCAGCUGAAGCAACACAUCCAAAGCUGGCCUCAGGGGAACAAACAAACAGUUGGAAGUUGCCAUAUCGCAUAUCAUGUUACUCUUUGGGACUUGUUGUCUUAAGUCGUUGUUCUUUGUAGGCCAGCAGGAGGUGACUUGAAAGAAUUGGGUUGUCCUCAAAGAAGAAUCCUCAAAGGUCCUGCUUGGUGUCUCAGAGUUUUUAGAAGAACCCUUUUAUUAGAGGGUUUUUCAUGACAUCUAAUAGGAUUCAUCUAUGAGGACAAGCCAAAGAACCUCUCUAGGUUCUACUUAGAACUGUGGAAGCUGAUAACUGCUGAGAUACUGCCAGGUGGAAGGGUUCUAGAGAAGUUCCAAGUAGGACCGUAGAACCUCCUAGUUGUCUAGACCAUAGAAGAUAGUCUUUACUUUCACUUUGUACUCCUAGCUUUCUUACCUCACUUGGACUACUACAUUGGAAUUUCAUGUUUAAUCACUGGAAAGAGUUGUAAGCAUUACACACUGCCAAUCGGAGAUGGUCAGCAGCCAGAAGAGGCAUGAUAUGUAGAGAGAGUAGUGUGGAAGAAUCUUUCCUUCCUCAAAAAGACAUUUGAUGGUGGUGGCUGGACAUGACAGCUUUGUCGCAAAAAAUGUUGGACGGCAGGUCUGCUACUGUCUUGGUAGUUUUUGUUAAAAGCGCUGUGAAUCGUUUUGUGAUUUUCAAUGAUGUAUUUUCCGUACUCUGUACUAUGCUGCUAGCAUUUGUGAGAAAUGAUUGUUCUCUUUUCCAAGUAGCUUUGUAUGUAACUGUAGGGUAGUCUUAAGUACACAUUGAGGUUUUUAAAAAGCUAGUUGUAGGCUUGUCCUCUGAAGGUUAGCAGGAUUCAUUUGGGCUUUGGUGCCCUGAGUACGCAUGAGUGAGCGGUGUGCAUGCGUGUCCGCACGUGCACCAACCGUUCUGAGUCUGUCCACCUGCUGACACUGCCCAGAGGUCCAGCCUGUCUGUCUGGCUGUGUCACCACAGUGGACUGGCCAUCUGAUCACCUCUCCUUGAGGAGGAAAACAAACAAACAAACAAACAAAUCUCUAAAACUGCCAACUACCACAAAGGGAGAGAGAAAAGGAGCUUGAUGUCUUACCCCAUUACCUCUCUUUUCUCUAAUACAUUUCCAGUUACAACUUAUUACAACUUCUCCGAGAUUAAGGGGAGGUUAGGCAUUAACCAGCGUCUCUUUCAACACUUGGCUAGCUGACAGAAGCACUCAACAUAUUUAUAUAAAAGCGAUUUGGGAAGUGACUCAGUGACGUCCCCAGAGAAGGAUAGAAAGAAAAGGUCAUAGCGUUGUUGAUACUAUCUCUGGAGAUUUGGACGGCAGGGGUCAGGGAAGGGUCACUGUGUAGAAGGGUGGGGCUCACUGAUUGAUGACAACACAAGUUGAGCUCUCUGUUGUUGUUGUUGUUGUUUAUUUCUCUCAUUUCUUCCCCCUCUUCGUUAUGUAUAGUAUGUGUGGACACAGCUUGGCAUGCUUGUGACCUGUGCAUGAUUCUGCAUGACAGCAAUGCUCUGUGGUGUCACUCCGGAGAGUGCAGAGGCUGUCGGCGCGGUAACGGGGAUAUUUCGAGGCGAGCUGCCCCUCUCCAAUACAUUAGUGCCACUGGCUCCACAGUCAAGUGAGCUCUUGAGAGCGGAGGAAGAGAGAGGGGCAACAGUCUCUGCUAUGGCCACGAGCCUGGAGUGUAUGUGAUCAGAUUGCCCUCAAUGCUUUCUGCCUCAUUUAAUCUGACUAAAAGGCAAGUGGAGCUACUGUGAAUCGCUGGCUAAGGCAGUUAGAGCCUGCCAUUAGUAAAUGGCACCAACGCGGAGCGAAAUGCUUCUUUCUGUUUUGGAAUUGUCCUAGGGGGAAAUAUGUUUAUUACUUGUAUGUCUGAAUGGAAACCAAUAAAAUAUGUCGUUGGCAUUGGGGGGACUGUUAUGACAAAAAUAAACCAAAUGCAUUUACCUUCCAA